CCCCCCAAGGGCGACACCUGGUGACAUCAGCACCACGAGUGACACAAUUAUCCUGUCGCGCACGCCGCUACCGUGCAUGGCUCUGUUCAUCACAUGCACACGCGUGGAGAGCCAGCGAGCGAGGCAGCAUCAGUAGCGUGCGGAGCGCAGCGCAGAGAAGGACGCGUUUGCAGCUGCAUCUCUCGGAGAGAAGCGUGGAGGAGGAAGGGGAGCACCAGGACAGCUUGUUCAUCCAUUUAGAAGGUCAGCAGGGAUUGGAGGUGCAGGUCAGUCGUGUUGGCACCAUGCACUCCGCGGGGGACAACUAACUCCCAAAGAUGAGUCACCAACGGAGUCAUCCAGUGGCUCAGCACCUCAGCUGGGACCGCUAAACUGCUUUUGCCUACCUGGGUCACCCGUCUGGCUCUUCCAGCAAGGAGUCUUCAUCUGGAUAGCGAGAGCCUGCAGCCACACAGCGCCGCUCCCCGGGCCCAUGCAGGAUGACCAGAGAGGGAGCCCCGGUCCAGCACGGCCCGAGUGCAUGACACUCCGGGCGGCCCCGUCAUGCGUCUCUCGUGCGAGCGCGGCACCCACUCCCUGCGACUUCUCUUCCUCUUCAUCUUCGUGAUGGGGGCGGCCCCCUCGCCGGCUUUGACCGCUGGCUGCCCUGACAGGUGCGUGUGCGACGACCAGCUGGUGGUCCAGUGCGCCGGACAGGAUCUGGUCCUGUUCCCUAGCGACCUGCCCCUGGCCACCCGGCAGCUCAUCAUCUCCAACAAUCGCAUCGGAGAUCUGCCGGCGCUGCAGCUCAACUACUUGUCGGAUUUGGUUUACCUGGAUUGCAGCAACAACUCCCUCACCGAAAUCUCAGAGUCCACCUUCGGGAACUUGCGCAAACUCGCCUACUUGGACUUGUCCUUCAACACCCUGCUGCAGAUUGAGGACCGGACUUUCGGGCCGCUGGCAUCCCUCGUCAUGCUGCGGCUGACAGAUAACCCCGGUCUCGGGGAGAUCCACCCGGAUGCCUUCUCGGAGAACACGGCUUUGCAGGUUCUGGACGUGAGCCGGAACAACCUGACGGUCCUCAACAUCAGCGGUCUGAUCAGUCUGCCGGCUCUGAGGUCCCUGGGCCUCAGCGGGAACCCGUGGAAGUGCGACUGUGACACGGAGGACCUCUGCCUUUGGGUCCAGAUAGAGGGCUUCAAAUUCCAAGAUGAAGGCCAGACCGUUUGCCACAACCCCCCCGAGCUGGCGGGCCGGCGGCUGGCUGAGGUGGGCAUGCAGCUGCGGGUGGACUGCCACCAAGGCCUGGGCUACUGGGACUACCUCUUCUUCAUCGCCAUCGGCUUCGUCAUCUUCUCGGCGGGCACCGUGUCGGCCUGGGUGAUGGGCGUGCUCAUGGUGCUGUACGAGCGCUACAGCAAGCGCAGGAGCGAGGAGCUGGACAGCGACGAUGAGGAUGACAGGGGAGGAGGAGGAGGAGGGAACAAGGGCAACGGGGACGUGAGCAAGCCUGGCAUGCAGGUUUGAAUGGACCAAUGACCCGAGACCAAAGACUCUGCAAAUGCUACACAUUUAGAUACUGCAGCUACGCUCCUCAACACAUUAGACUGAGUGUGUGCGUGUGUGUGUGUGUGUGUGUGUGUGUGUGUGUGUGUAUGAGAUGAGGAAGAGUGACGGACGACUUUAAGGAAGACUAACUGUAUGCCUUCAACUUGGGAAUAGGAAAUAACCCAUGAGAGUAUUGACAGCAAUAAGUUACUCCGCCCCCCAACACACACACACGUCUCCUGAGAAACAUGCUAUUUUGGAGCUCCUUUAGCACUUUAGCACUUUAAAAUUUCAUUUCAUUUCAGUUUUUAUGCAAAUUCUUGAUAACGUUCUUUUGUUAUACAUUCAAAAAGUCAACAAGCUCCUUUUGAAACAAACUGCACUGUUGAUUUAUUUUGUUCACUUUUCAUAUUUAAUUACAUUUCUAAUGUCCAUUCUUGACCCCUUUUUAGGCUAUUUCAAUGUUCAAUUUUAGUGCGGAUUUUGACGUUUCCUUUAAAAAAGCAACAUGCCCCUUUCUACUGAAAACUGCAGUGUUGACAUACAGUGUUUCCUCGCCUAUCGCGGUUCACCUUUCGCAGAUUCACUGUUUCGUGGACUUUUUUUGUGCUUUUUUUUUUAUUACAGCGUAUAAACGCUGUUACAGGCCGAGCCUGGCCCUUUAAGAAGAAUUACAUUCUGGGAAGUUGGUGUCUCUCUCUUGUCUGUCUGCACGGCCCAUUGUCUUGAUUGGCUGUAGCCCAUUGUCAAUCAAUUUCUUUUGAGCCGUCCUGCCAUGUCUCCUGUGUCAUCGCUAGCUUGUUGCUUGCUAGCUUGUAAAUGAAUCCUCGGUUCUUCUGCAUAUGUUUUAACAAGGAUACAAAAACGCUACAGUACAGCGGAACGGCGCCAGCACGAAAAGGCACGGUCACAGGAGUGAAAUAUGCGUGAGUGACUUAAUACUCUGUUGUGUUGAUCAUUAAGGUUGAUCAUUCAAAUUCAAACAGAGUUUUUUUUUUUGAGUGUUUAAACAACAUAGAAAUGUGAGAAAGUGUUAUUGCCUGUCUGAGAAAAGCGUAUAAAGUGUAUGGUGAGGGGUUUUACAGCCUUAAAACAUUUAUAAUAAUUGUAAAAAAAAAAAAAAAAAAAUGAAGUUGUCUACUUAGCGGAUUUCACUUAUUCAGGGCUAUUUUAAGAACCUAUCCCCCGCGAUAAACGAGGGAACACUAUAUUUUGCAAUUUUGCAUGUGUAGUGCCCUAAAUUAACUUAAAUUCAAUUAAACACCCCUUUCACCAUUUAUUUGAUUUGAUUUUUUAUUUAAUUUACAUAUUUUUUCAUCAUUUUUUCAUAUUUUGCAUCACUGAGGCAAAAUAUGGCGUGUUCUGCAAAUUAUUACUGUGUUGCUGCAAGAGUUUGUGCAAAAACACAAAUCACACUUUGACUUAGCCUGCAUGUAUGCUAUUUGCUGCAAAAACGUACGCCCUGCCCACACGGGAACCCUCCUGAGAUUUUUUCUUUAGUAGAGAUUUAGAUAGAUUUUUUUUGUAGAGCAGUAAAGUAUAGUGCUCGAUUCUUUUGUUCAGUAUCCUACUAAAUUCUCAUUACAGUACAUUGCACACAAACAGGUUUUUUUACACUGUCGAUGCUGUUUACUCGCUGCCAUUGCUUCCAAUUUAAGAACAAAUCCUCAGUAAAAAGGUAUGGUGCAGGUAUUAUUAGCAUCACACACACAUGCGCACGCACACCCACACACACACUGGGGGUCAGAGAGUGUGAUGCCUUACUGCUGCUACAGUGAAAAUGCUACAAAUUCCAACAUUAAGAUGUGAUUUCCCCUCACAUGCCUUAAGGCGACUCACUAGCAAACAGUCAGUAAUGUCUCCUGUAAACACCAGGAGCAAAAUACAGUUUUUGUCUUAUCUGAAUGUAAAGAAAAAAGGAUAUAUCUAUUAAACUCACGGAAUGGAGAUAUGUUUCUCCUGCUUCUAAGAACAUGUGGAGCGGAGUUUGAAGGCUCUUUCUGUUGGAUUAUUAGUAGCACUGCAUUAGAGGUUUACAAUAAUGUUUCACAUACAACUUAUUGACCAUUUAUUUCAAAAUUUCUUUCCAAAUUGUUUUUUUAAUUAAAAAAAAAAAUCAAAAUGCCUCUUUCUAUACAAACAGUGUUUUUUUUUUAAACAUUUUUAAAUUCCUUUGAUUUUGAUCAUACAAGCAAUUCAAGUCAUUGUACUUUCCCCUUGCAAACGUGAUUAAAUAAAUAAGCAAUAUGUAUCAUUUCUGUAGAAAUUGUAGAUUAUUUUAUUUUACAUUUUAGGAAAUUUCGUUUUUUUAUUACAUUUUCCAUCCAUCUUCUACCGCUUAUGCAAGGUCGGGUCACAGGGGCAGCAGCCUAAGCAGGGAAGCCGAGACUUCCAUCUCCCCGGCUACUCCGUCCAGCUCCUCCCGUCGGAUCCCGAGGCGUUCCCAGGCCAGUUGAGGGAGACGUAAUCUCUCCAACGUGUCCUGGGUCUUCCCCGAGGCCUCCUACCGGUCGGACAUGCCCUAAACACCUCCCCAGGGAGGCUCCUCUCAAUAUGGAGGAGCAGCGGUUCUACUCUGAGUUUCUCCCAGAUGACAGUGCUUCUCACCUUAGCUCUAAGGGAGAGCCCAGUCACCCUACGGAGAAAACUGAUUUCGGCCACUUGUACCUGCAAUUUUGUCCUUUCCGUCACUACCCACAGCUCAUGACCAUAGGUGAGGGUAGGAAAGUAGAUUGACCGGUAAACUGAGAACUUUGCCUUUUGCCUCAGCUCCCUUUUCACUACAAGGGCCCGAUACAGAGUCCGCACGCAACACUGCAGACGCCGCCCCAAUACGCCUGUCAAUCUCGCGUUCCAUCCUUCCCUCACUCGUGAACCCCGAGGUACUUAAACUCCUCCACUUGGGGCAGGAUCUCAUCCCCGACCCGGAGACGGUACUCCACCUUUUUCCGGGCAAGAACCACGGACUCAGAUCUGGAAGGGCUGAUUCACAUCCCAGCCGCUGCACACUCGGCUGCGAACCGAUCCAGUGAGAGUUCAUGGCUCCAUGAAGCCAGCAGGACGACAUCAUCUGCAAAAAGCAAAGACCCAAUCCUGCAGUCCCCAAACUGGAACCCCUCAAUGCCCUGGCUGCGCCUAGAAAUUCUGUCCAUAAAAGUAAUGAACAGAAUCUGUGACAAAGUGCAGCCCUGGCGGAGUCCAACCCUCACUGGAAACGGAUCCGACUUAUUGCCAAACUCUGACACCAGUCAGAAACGAACAGCCUGAAUUAGGUGGUCCGGUACCCCGUAUUCCCCGAGUACAACCCACAGGAUUGCUACACGGUGGAAUGCCUUCUCCAAGUCCAGAAAACACGUGAACUGGUUGGGCAAACUCCCAUGCACCCUCAAGGACCCUGCCGAGAGUGUAGAGUUGGCCCCUCCCAAUCACGCCUCUCCAGGUCUCACUGUCGCUGCCAACGUAAGCAUUGAAGUCCCAGCAGAACAAGGCCUGUACGUUGGAGCUAUAUAUUGCAUUUUAUUUUAUUUGAUCCAUUAUUGUAUUGCAUUUUAUUUCAUUUUACAUUUUCCCCUUCCAAAAAAAGCAACAUGCUCUUUUCUAGCCAAACUACAACUGACUAAAACAGCAGAAUGGUGGGAUGAUUUUAAAAAGGAAGGAAAUGAAUUGUAAGAAAAGUAGGGGAAGUUGAAUAAGCGCAAACAUGCAAACAAAAUAGUAACUCAAAUCCCCCCCAAAAACAUGAAUGUAAAGUACAUUUGUGGUAAAAAAAUAUAUAUAUAUACAGUAUAUAUAUCUGAGUAUGCUACCUUUAAUGUCAUUCCGUGUGUGCAGCUGACACACGGUUAUUAAGUUCUACUGGAUGCUCCAACCUGUCCUCGUGGAAGAAGUGAAUCAGGCUAACGCACGGAGACCACGUCAGGGCGAUCGAGUCCGUUGCGUAGCUUAAAAGUGAAUCUAAGUGACUGCGAGGCGCGUUUGGCUGACCUCAUGUUCUGUGUGCGUGUGCGUGUGCUAAAGUGGGGCACGGUGGUCAAACAGCAUUUCCCUGAGUCGCCUGGACGGCUGAUCCAUGAGUUCAUCAUCCAAAUCAGUCAUCGGUCCUGAUGUUCCUACCUCCGCCAAGGAGGUGGGUGUAUGCUGUCGUUGCCGUUUGUAUGACUGCGAGCAAGACUUCACAAAAAAGUACUUAAACAACGCAUGUGAAACUUCAUGUAGGAGUGGGACACAGGCUAAGGAAAAACCUACUCAAUUUUGGCCUGGAUCUGGAUUGUGGAUUUCUAGGAAUAUUUGUCAGCAAUUUCUUCACAUUUCCUCUAAAUUAUCAACGAAUGCAGAAAUGUUAAUUCAGGCCUAUGUUGUAUAGAAUGAUAACACAAUCAAACCUCAAAGGUUGUCGUCAUUACAGGACCUGGACCUCUGAUUUGUUCAAAUUUAGAAAGAAUUUCUCCCACAGGAAAUAAUGAAAAGAAUCAAAUCCGGGCAAUGUUUUAAGUAGCAUUUUAACAUCAGUUGAAUUUCCGGUUCUGUGUCGAUGCUUGUCAUCACAGCUUUCUGCCAUUUUUGUUGUGGCGGAAUUAAAAAGCAAACCAAAAACAAAAAAAUCAAACACUUGUCUAGUUAAACCUUAUUUGUUUGGUUGAACUAUACGACCUCUGAGGUGUUUGGCAAUGUCUUAUUCAUUUUACAUUCAAAAAGGAACAUCUAUGUGAAAGAAAUGGUACAGCUGUAGCUGUCCAGCAGACGUAAUGGCAUAGAUCAGAGGUGUCCAAACUUUUUCCACCAAGGGACACAUAGUGAAAAUGAAAGGAUGCAAGGGACACGUGGAUGUUGCACAGUAACACGUGUAGAUAUGCUAAAAAGUUACAGUGUUAAGGAGAAUUGCAUUGUGGGAAGCUGAGUGUUGUAGUUCUGUGCUUUAGCACGAGGCUGCGGUAUCUCGCUAGUCUCUCUCUUCUCUCUGCACCGCCCAUUAUCUUCUGCGACCUGAUUGGCUGUAGACCAUUGUCAAUCAAUCUCCUUUGUGUCGUCUCUUGUGUGGUCAUGGCUAGCAAACUAGCUAACCGUAUGAGCUGCUUGCUAACCGCUAACUGUAAAGAAUAGAAGAAACAGAAGGAGCUGACCGCGUCUGACUCUGAACGCUGUAUGGUUGCUAGUUUUCUCCCCGACAAAACCCACAAUGAAACGUUCUGCACCCAAAAGGCAGAGGAAGCCAGCACAUCACACAAAAGUUGGACUUCUGGACAUGCUGAAGGAAGGCAGAAGUUACGUGGCUGUAGGGGGCCAUUACAGAAUACUGUAAAUGAAUCUUUUUUUUUUACAUUUUCAAAAUAUUUCAACUUUAUUCUUAAAUAAUCUUAGUAAAUGUUGUUUUUGUAAUAUUAUAACUUUAUUCCCAAAAUAUUUUUACUUUAUCCCCAACCAAAUUUUCCAAAAAUUACAUUUUUGUUUUGUUUGUUUCUCAUCAUAUUUUUUAAUAUUCUGCCUUUAUUCUCAUAAAAUUACAGCUGUUUUUCCGUUUCGGCUAUUGUUGUUGUUUUUUUUAAUUCUCCAGCCAUUUCAACUUUCUUUCAAUUUUCUUCUCGUAAUUACGACUUUAUUUUGACUUUUCUUUUGUAACAUAAAAUUUUUCCGCAACCUAAUUUUCCAAAAAUCUUUAUUUGUGUUUGUUUCUCAUAUUACAACUUUCAAAAAAUAACAUUUAUUUUCUUUAAUGUUUCAACUGCCACUGAGAUGACGUUAUUUUUUUCACUCCUAAUAUUAUUACUUUUAUUCUCUUAAAUUUAUUGCUGUUUUUUUCCAUUUUUGCUGCUGUUUUUUUUUCUUGUUAAGUUAUACUUUUAGAAUGUGCCGCAGGCCAAUGAAAAACAUUAGCGGGCAGCAAUGGACACCCCUGAUGUAGAUCGUUCUUAGAUUCUUUUUCCUGGCCACUUGUUGUAAUAUGUGCUAAAAGAACAAGAAAAUUUGACCUUUUUACUUAGUUUCAAUCAUUUUGGCAAGCCAAAUUGACCUUUUUUAUAUAACAAUUUCCAUAAGUCAUUGAGCAUGUGUCUAGUGAUGAUAAAACACUGAGGAUAUCUGUAUUACAUGUAUGCUAGCAUGUCUUUCAAAGCAUUCUUACCGCAACCCAUAGGGGCCGCCACAGAUGUCACGUACACGUCAUGGGUUGUCCUGAUUUUCUCCCAUGACUGCAUUUAAACUUGCUUAGAUGUCUUAGUCGUCGCAGUGUAUAGGGGAUAUGAAACAAGUUAUGGAUACACAUUCGUUUCUGCCUUUGAAUCACCGCUCUGUAUUCAAUAUAAAACCCUGUAUGGGGAUAGUAAGGACGCAGAAGAGUCAUAACAACACAUGCUCUUUUUCAAUUAGCUGCUGUAAUCUGUAGUCCAAAUGUGUCAAGCCUGCUGAGGUUCAUCAUCUUCACCCACACACACGCACGCACACACACUUCCAGUCUCACUCUGUCGCGCGCUUGUGCACACACAAAUUGACAACCACGUGCACAGCGAACCUCAAGGGCGCAGUUAAAGUCAGAGCGUCAACAUUAGAGCUGCUUGUUUUUCUUGCUCUCUCUCUUGUUAUGCAUCACCACCUACCCUCCAUCUUCGUUCUGACACACACACACACACACACACACAUGCAGUAUAACGUGGCGAAAGGAGCUCGUGGCAGCUUUUUUUUGUGCGUGGACCAGCCGCAAUGUCUUCAAGAGUUGCGCCACCAGAACAUUCAUGUGUUAUUAGAACAUUCAUGUGUUAAAACGUGAGUCAUUAUCUCUUCAUUUGCACACAAGAGAGCUCAUCUGACCUGACAAGAACACAACGUCACUGUCACACACAUAAAGCUACUCUAUGGAAGCAAUGUGACUUAAUAAUGGCCAUCAAAGCCUCCAUAAUGACUUCCCAUUACGAACGGCAACCGCAAUAAUAAACAUAUUGCUACAUUAGGAUUAUUGUCUUUGCAAAGGCAGACAUUUUUGAUACAGCCGUCUUCCAUUCGAGGCAGUGUGCAGGUGUACCUAAUGAAGUGUCCAAUGAGUUACUUAACUGCAGUUAUGAAAACUUGACACAGCAGACAAAUAUUGAGCUGUGCCAAAACAAUGAGCUGAACUUUUGUAGACCUAUUCACCAAUUUAAAAAACAAUAACAAAUUCAAUUAAUCAUUUUUUAAAUGACCGACCCUCAUUUAAAUUUAUAAUGUUUUAUUACGAUUCAUUAUACAGUUGUCCCUCGUUUAUAGCGGUUAUUUAGUUCCUACCGUGUUAAAUGAAUUUCCGCGACAGAGGAUUCACUGUUAAUAAAUGGAAUAUUUUCAUAGUUAGAGCAUAGAAAACAUGUUUAUGACGUUCUAAAUAUGGUUUUUAACAUUGUUAGAGCCCUGUAGGCAUGCCUAUAAUCACCUUUACACUCCUAUUAUUCAUUGUUUACACCACGUUGCAACUCUUAUGCUGCAGGGACUAGAGACGGCCAAUAGCUAGCGUGCUCACCAGUUAGCCUAAAAAUUGAUUUCUUCUGAACUUAAAUAGCCAAAAAAUAACCACUUCCACACAUAAUGGGAGGACAACUUUUUGCCACUCUAUCAUGUCAGACAUGCCAUGGCUGACUUCAUGACUUCAUGUGAUGUAAGGUAAUGUCUCAAUGUUUUGUGUCAUUACUGCCGCCGAGUGACCAGAAUACUAUAAUAGACCGAUAAUAGACCAUAGUCUACCGAAACAGCAAUCAUGUGUUAAUUAAUUAAUUAAUGAAAAAAUGCAAUAUUGCGAGCGUCAAUUAUAUCACUGUUUUUUUUCUUUGUUAAACAAUCCCAUUAGAACUUUAAUCCAAUUUAUUUUCCUAAAUUAAAUUAAAUUAGAUUUUUUAAAAUUUUAUUAUUGUUUUUUUUUUCUUCAACAAACCAAAUUAAACUGCAGUUUCAUUAACAUUUUUGUCAUUUCUAGGCGCUUUUAGCACCUUAAUUUAAUGUAAUUCAAACUUUGUUUUAUUCCUUAAAUUGUACUAGUUUUAAUGAUUUGCCCUCACACAAACAACAUGCUUUAUAUAUAGAUUGUAGUUUCAAUACAUUUUGCUUGCGGAAACAUUGAGCACUUUUUAAAAAUGUACAAUAAUUUUAUUUAAUAACUGCUUUUUCAAUUUGGAUUUAAUUUUAGAAAAACAAUCAGCAUACUCUUUUACAUAUAACCUGUAUUUUCAGAUUCCAAAGUAGUUCAAUCUAAAUACAGUGUUCCCUCAUUUAUGACGCGGAUACGUUCCCAAAAUAGCCCGCAAUAAGUGAAAUCCACAAAGUAGCCAACUUCGUUUCUUUACAAUUCUUAUAAAUGUUUUAAGGCUGUAAAACCCCUCACCAUACACUUUAUACACUUUUGUCAGACAGGCAAUAACGUUUUCUCACAUUUCUAUGUUGUUUAAACACUCAAAAAAAAGUUCAAACCUUAGUUUGAAUUUGAAUGAUCAACCUUAAUGAUCAACACAAGAGUAUUAAGUCACUCACGCAUAUUUCACUCCUGUGACCGUGCCUUUUCGUCCUGGCGCCGUUCCGCUGUACUGUAGCGUUUUUGUAUCCUUGUUAAAACAUAUGCAGAAGAACCGAGGAUUCAUUUACAAGCUUGCAAGCAAGCAAGGUAGCGAUGACACAGGAGACAUGGCAGGACGGCACUGAGGAGAUUAAUUGACAAUGGUCUACAGCCAAUCAGGACACAGAAAACAAUGAGCGGUGCAGACAGACGACAGAUAGACACUCAACUUCCCACAUUGCAAUUCUUCUUAAAGGGCCAGGCCCAGCCUGUAACAGCGUUCAUACGCUGUAAUGAAAAAAAGGCAGCACAAAAGCAAUCCGCGAAACAACUAAUCCGCAAAGGGUGAACCACGAUCGAGCAAGGGAACACUGUACAAACAAUUAAAUUAAAUAAAUACAAUGUAAUUAUAUAUUAUUGUCUUAUUUUCUGUCUAUUUUUUUAUUUCAAGAUCUCUAGAGAUGCUGUCAUGGCUCGCUACAAAAGGUCUUCAAACACAACACAACCAAAAGGUCCUCACUGUGUGUGUGUGUGUGUGUGUAUGAGAAUGAGUGUGGGACGUAUGCAAUGUUAAUAACAUACACGGACAUAUACUUGCUGAUGUUGGUUUCUUUCAUCCUUUCCUUGAAAUUGUUCUUUAGUUUUGUACACCAUGUAUCACUGAGCAAUAAAGAUGUUGACGGAUGACGAGUGGAGAAAAAAAAAAAGAGAAAACGUGGAUUGAAUUCUUACUUUUGUUAUUCACUCUGAGAAGAUUAUUUUAGGAUUCUUUUUGUCACUUGUUGCUAGGCAGAAUUCGUUGGGCACAAUCAUUCAACUUUUCGAGGGAUCCACUCCAGCAGUAAAAGGACAGGAAGAGUCGUCAGGAUCAUGAAGUUAGAAAGACAACGCACGAAGGAAAUAAAUCCAAAAACAGCGGAAGAAAGAAAUGAAAACACAACACAACAUUUAGCAAUUGAAUUUGUCAUAAAAGCUUUUUUCAGGCCGUCGCCAUCUGCAGCGUUUGCUGCUAAUGCACAAUCUACCACAAGACAGGAAGACAGACAGUUCACUUCAACUACGAGGAACACAAAAGACUGGCGGCAUAACAGCAUUGCUGGGGAUGAUGCUUUGUGUGUGUGUGUGUGUGUGUUUGUGUGUGUGAUUGUGUGGGUGUAGUGCCUGACUGUGUGUGCGCUGUGUGGUAUGAUCCCGU